CUUGAUUUCAUUUUCUUUCUCUUUCCCCUGCUUUUCGCCCCUUCCUUUCUUUAAUGGGGGAGGAAUCGGUACUAAUUAAAAAUAGAAACUUUAUGUGGGCGCCUGACUGAGCCUCAGCUAAUAAAAUCGCGGGUUCAUGCUAAUUAUAGCUGUGAUCCAAGCUCCCUCCCUCUCUCUCAUCAUCCACAUUGGAAACUGUACUCGACUCCUCCCAAAAUUUUUUUUUCUUUUUGUUAAAAGUAUGUUUUUUUUUAUCACUGCUCUGUUCCUCUGUCUUGUGAGUGUUGAUUGGAUGGAGCCGGAGGGAGAUUCAUCAAAGGAGAGGCAAAGAAAAGCGAAAUAAAAAGAUGGGUGAGUUCGAUUUGAGUGGUCCCUUCAAGUAUAGUCUUGUGAGAGGAGGGGGACAAAGAAGGCGGUGAUCGAGGUUUUGGUCCGGAUAAACUGUGUCGGAGGGUUUUUGUUUUUGUCGUUCAAAAAGGUGUUUCCUUCGCUUCCUGGGAUUCUUCAAAUUCCCAAGCUCUUCUUGAAGCUGCUCUCUUUUGGCUACCGUUCUGUUGGGAGUGGAAGACUUGAGAAGGAAAAUCUUUCUGCUCUUACUGGGCUUCCUUCUCAGAGUUUACCAAGAACAUAUUGGUAUGAGUGUGUUAUCCAUUUGCCAAAUCCGACUGGAGUUUGGGCAGAGCAGAUUCAUACGGCCAUCUGAAUCAGGAUUUAUCAGUUCUUGGAGUUAGUUAUAUUUUUGUGCCCUGAACAGAUUUGAUCGAAGAUGUCUUCUUCAAGACCCAGCCAAUCAUCCAGCAACUCAGCAAGGUCGAGGCAUAGCGCGAGGAUAAUUGCUCAAACCACUGUAGAUGCUAAGCUGCAUGCUGAUUUCGAGGAGUCUGGUAGUUCCUUUGACUAUUCAAGCUCAGUGCGGGCAAUGGGCGCCCCAAGUGGAGAUCAGCGACCAAGAUCCGACAAAGUAACAACGGCUUACCUCCAUCAGAUACAGAAAGGGAAGACGAUCCAGCCAUUCGGUUGCCUUUUAGCAUUGGACGAAAAAACUUUCAAGGUCAUUGCGUACAGUGAGAAUGCGCCUGAGAUGCUGACCAUGGUGAGCCACGCAGUUCCGAGCGUUGGGGAGCAGCCGGUCCUCGGGAUUGGGACUGACGUCAGGACCAUAUUUACUGCACCCAGCGCCUCUGCUCUCCAUAAGGUCUUUGGAUUUGCUGAUGUUUCUCUAUUGAAUCCCAUCUUAGUCCAUUGUAAAACUUCUGGAAAGCCCUUCUAUGGAAUUGUCCAUAGAGUGACCGGUAGCAUAAUCAUUGAUUUUGAACCUGUGAAGCCUUAUGAAGUCCCUAUGACGGCCGCUGGAGCCUUGCAGUCAUAUAAGCUUGCGGCUAAAGCCAUUGCACGCUUGCAGUCUUUGCCUAGUGGGAGCAUGGAAAGGCUUUGUGACACGAUGGUUCAGGAAGUCUUUGAACUAACGGGUUACGACAGGGCUAUGGCAUAUAAGUUCCAUGAUGAUGAUCACGGCGAAGUAGUCUCGGAGAUGACAAAGCCAGGCCUGGAGCCAUAUCUGGGUCUGCAUUAUCCUGCCACGGAUAUUCCUCAAGCUGCACGGUUUCUGUUCAUGAAGAAUAAGGUCCGCAUGAUUGUUGAUUGCCGGGCAAAACACGUGAAGGUGCUUCAGGAUGAGAAUCUUCCCUUUGAUCUCACCUUGUGCGGUUCGACCAUGAGGGCCCCACACACUUGUCAUUUACAGUACAUGGAAAACAUGAACUCUAUUGCUUCUCUGGUUAUGGCAGUUGUCAUCAAUGAGGAUAACGAAGAAGUCCACGACCCCAACUCUGUGCAGCCUCAAAAGAGAAAGAGACUUUGGGGUUUAGUAGUUUGCCAUAACACAACUCCAAGGUUUGUUCCAUUCCCACUUCGAUAUGCCUGUGAGUUUCUUGCCCAAGUGUUUGCUAUCCAUGUCAACAAGGAGCUUGAGCUAGAAAAUCAAAUGGUCGAGAAAAAUAUCUUGCGAACCCAGACGCUCUUGUGCGAUAUGCUGAUGCGUGAUGCGCCUCUAGGCAUUGUGUCUCAGACCCCAAAUGUGAUGGACCUUGUUCGAUGCGAUGGUGCUGCCCUUCUGUAUAAAAGCAAGUCAUAUAAGCUGGGAGUAAGUCCGGACGAUGAACAUUUGCAUGGCAUUGCAUCGUGGUUGUCCGAGUACCAUAUGGAUUCCACGGGAUUGAGUACAGAUAGCUUGUAUGAUGCGGGAUUCCCAGGGGCUCUUGCUGUUGGCGACAUUGUGUGUGGGAUGGCUGCUGUGAGAAUAAGCGCAAAGGACAUGAUUUUCUGGUUCCGCUCACCAACUGCGUCUGAAAUUCGUUGGGGUGGAGCGAAGCAUGACCCUGAUGAGAAGGAUGAUAAUAGGAAAAUGCAUCCAAGGUCAUCCUUCAAGGCUUUUCUUGAAGUAGUCAAGACAAGGAGUUUACCUUGGAAAGACUUUGAGAUGGACGCAAUCCACUCGCUGCAGCUUAUCUUGAGGAACGCCUUGAAAGAAAAUGAAGCGAUUGACAUGAACACCUCAACCAUCCAUACGAGGCUUAAUGACCUUAAAAUUCAAGGGAUUCAAGAAUUGGAAGCAGUGACAAGUGAGAUGGUCCGUCUGAUUGAAACAGCCACAGUUCCGAUACUGGCUGUCGAUGCUGAUGGGCUGGUUAACGGUUGGAAUACAAAAAUCGCUGAGCUAACUGGUCUGUCUGUUGAGAAAGCAUUAGGGAAGCAUUUGCUCACACUGGUGGACGAUUCUUCUGUCGAUAUAGUGAAGAAAAUGUUACACUUGGCAUUACAUGGCAAGGAAGAGAAGAAUAUCCAGUUUGAGAUUAAAACACAUGAUUCUAGAGCGGACUCUGGGCCAAUCAGCUUAAUUGCGAAUGCCUGCGCUAGCAGGGACAUUCAAGAGAAUGUCGUGGGUGUGUGUUUCGUCGCUCAGGACAUUACUGGUCAGAAAAUGGUAAUGGACAAGUUCACUCGAAUCGAAGGUGAGUAUAAAGCGAUUGUGCAAAAUCCGAACCCCUUGAUACCCCCGAUUUUUGGAACAGAUGAAUUCGGCUGGUGCUCUGAGUGGAAUUCAGCUAUGGAAAAAUUGACUGGGUGGAAACGGGAAGAAAUGAUAGAUAAAAUGCUAUUGGGGGAGGUUUUCGGGAUGCACACGGCUUGCUGUCGUCUCAAGAAUCAAGAAGCUUUUAUUAAUCUUAGUGUAGUGCUUAAUAGUGCUAUGACUGGCAAAGAGCCGGAGAAGGUUCCGUUUGGUUUCUUUGCUCGGGGUGGGAAGUUUGUGGACUGCCUACUGUGCGUGAGUAAGAAAUUUGACGGAGAGGGUUCGGUGACUGGAAUUUUUUGCUUCUUGCAGCUCGCAAGCCAAGAGCUGCAGCAGGCGCUUCAUCUCCAACGGUUAACUGAAAAAACUUCCUUGAAGAGGUUAAAACAAUUAGCUUACAUCAAAAGGCAGAUUCGAAACCCUCUCUCGGGGAUAAUAUUUUCUCACAAAAUUCUGGAGGGUACUGAGUUAGGACAUGAACAGAAGCUGUUGCUACAUACCAGUGCUCAAUGCCAAAGCCAGCUGGGCAAGAUCCUUGAUGACUCAGAUCUGGAUAGCAUCACUGACGGAUACUUGGAAUUGGAAAUGGUCGAGUUUACUCUCCAUCAAGUCUUGGUGGCUUCCAUGAGUCAAGUCAUGAUAAAGAGCAAUGGAAAGGGUGUACGAAUCGUCAAUAAUGCACCGGAAGAAGCCAUGACCGAAACUUUAUACGGGGAUAGUGUCAGGCUUCAACAGGUCUUAGCUGAUUUCUUGUCGAUAUCGGUUAACUACACCCCGGCAGGAAGCCAACUUCUUAUUGCAGCUCGUUUGACCAAAGAUCACUUGGGAGAAUCUGUUCAACUUGCACACCUGGAGCUAAGAUUGACCUACCCUGGUGGUGGGAUACCGGAAGCGCUGCUGAACCAGAUGUUUGAAAAUGAUGGAGAGAUAACUGAGGAAGGCAUCAGCCUGCUUAUCAGCAGAAAGUUGGUGAAGCUAAUGAGCGGAGAUGUGCAGUACCUGAGGGAAGCCGGAAAAUCCACCUUCAUCAUAUCCGUCGAACUCGCUGUAGCUAAUAAGUCGGGUCUAGCUUGAAGGGAAAAAGUAAGACUUGCGAUCGCUCUGUACAGCUGAACGAGAGUACGCGUCGUGUCAUGUACCGUGUCAUCUAGUGAAGGUUUAUUUGACUUGUUUUCUCCAGCCUGUUGCAAGUGAAUUAAAGGCUUUUCGACUCUGAUGUCCUUUUCUCUUCUAAGAGUUAUCUAAGGUUUAUCAGGAAAACCCUGUGUAAGGCUAGGUUUGUGGUUUCCGGUUUUGUUGCUGAGAGGAAAGAAGGGAAGGGGAUGUCUAAGGGUUGACUAUUGUAAAACACUGUUCUCGUUAAUGUUAAUAGUUUGCUUGUGAAA